GGUUUUCUUUCCGUUCCGACAGCCGGUGAUUGGUGUCGCUCGGGCUUUCCCUUCAGAAUCGAUGCUUUUCUGUCUCUGAAAAUUUAAGCUGUGGUUGGCUCAUGACUUUGUAGAGAUUCUGGGACAGAACUGAGUCUGUGCUUGUUAUCUGUUGGAGAGAGUAAAGGCAUUUGUGAAUUUUUUAGAAACUUUAGAGGUCGUUCGCUUAUCGGAGUGUGGAUUUUGGCUUCCAAAUGUUGCUGUAUUUCACGAUGUAGCUUGAAAUAAAGAAGUAUACGACAUAAAAGUAAUUUAAGUGGCAUGAUUUCUGGUUUGUGUUUUAAGAGUUGAGCACGAGCAGAGACGGUCUAAGGAAGCUGAUAGCUAAAUGGGGUCUCUCUGUUGUGUGGCUGCGAGACCACAUGGAUCGAAUGCAGCUAGCAGGGACUGGUCUCUGGGUCCUCACGAGCCUUUCUGGCAUACAAAUACAAGCUUUUCACCGCCUCCAUCAAGAUGGGAUAUCCAGUUUCAAUCUGAUGGGUUGCCACAUGGUUGGCAUGAUGGUGUGCAACUGUACGGGUCAUCUACAUCAUCUAAUAGUAAAGAAAGUCGCAGCUGGAUAAGGGGCAACAACCAUCUUUAUGCUCACACUUCUGCAUCUGAUGGUGCUGGGUUGUUUUUGAGUAGUCCAUCUGACAUCUCACAAGGCCCUCAAUGGACACCUCCAGCAAUUCAGGAAAUCAAUAUUGAUGGUCAUGAAACUUCAACCAAAAGGGAUCCUUCAUUGAGGACAUUUUCCUUUUGGCCUGCAGCAGAGGCUACCUCUGAAAAUCCAGAUAGUGGGAGCUCUACUUUCUCACAUUCAGACAGUAGUGACGAGCCUACGGUCAAGUUACGCUCAGCCUCUAAUUGGAACUUCACGAGUCGUCGCUCUUUCAUGUCCAAACCUAUUCAUCCUUUGGUCAUUCCUAUGCAAAACUCGCCUGGAGAAGCUUUUGAAUCUACCAAUUUAGGGUUCCUUGAGUUUGAUUCUCCUACUCCUCAAAGAGACACCCAACAAUGGAGCAGUGCAAGUAGUAGCAUUGAUUUUGCUGAUGUGUCUGAGCCACUUGAAUCAGACAUCUAUUUUAGAUCAUCAUGUAAAUCUGAUGGUUUCAGAUGUGGUUUAUGUGAAAGAUUUCUUUCACAAAGAUCACCAUGGAGUUCACGUCGAAUCGUGAGAAGUGCUGAUAUGCCAGUUGCUGGCGUUCUUUCAUGUCGACAUGUUUUUCAUGCUGAAUGCUUGGAUCAAACUACUCCAAAGAUUCGUAAAAGUGACCCACCUUGCCCACUUUGUUUGAAACAUGAGGAUAACCAUUCGCCUGAGCAACGAGCAAAUUCGAGAUUGAGGAAUGCAAAUUCCUUACCAAGGCCUAGACCCUCAACCAGUGAAGACGGUCCACCAAGGCCAUGGGGUUGUGCUCAGGUAGGGGACUGUGUUGAAGGUGCCUUACAUGCACCUCCACGAAAUUCGAUGCUUUUCGUUAAUCGAAAUCGUGUAAAGAACCUUUCUUUCAAGGGAAAUUCAAGCAAAGAAUUUCCAGGAAAGUUGAGAAAAAGUGGCUCAUACUCUUCACGAUUGGUGAGUGGAAGACCAUUUGAUCAAGAAUUUGUUGGCUGUUCAAGAACUUCAGCUGGACCCAGCAUGAAACGAUGAUUGAAAUAUGUAGAUAGCCAUGAAAAUAGACGUUUCUAAGAACGUUUCUUUUCGAAUAAGCUUCCCCUGUAUUUUUGCUUGUUCAUUCCAAAUUCUUCAGCUGGUAACAUCUUAGCUUCUUUAGAGUAUUAGAUUUAUCUAUUGAUGUAUAGUUGAUUUGUGGUA